UCGUUGCUAAAGGAAAACGAAAAAACUACUUCCGGGUGAAAAGUGAUAACGCUCGUCCACGUGAAUCAACAAAGUGUGCAAAACGGAUUCCGAAGAUGAAGUAAUUUUUAUUUCUGAAAGGUCUGUUCCCAAACCUGCAGAGAUAACAAUUGACCAGGAGAAGCGACUGGCCCUGCAAAGAGAGAUUGAUCAGCAGUCUCAGCCCAAGCAGCCGCAUCGUCCUUUGGCAAACGCAACUGUCGCUAUAAAGAGGCUACAGGAAACAAAGAUGGAGGAGGAGACCAAUGAAGGAAGUCUUGUAAAGAAGAGGAAGCAUAAGAAAGAACAAACAUCUCAACCUGAAAGUAAAAACUGUACCACAGAAGUGAUAAAAGAAAAAAGUAAAAAGGUGAACAGGGCGGUGAAACAAGAGACAUGUUGGGAUCAAAGUGUUGAGCAGGACGAGAAGAAGAAAAAGAGGAAACUUGACGUCAUUGACAUGGAUGAGGAAGAGAAGAGUGUGAGCAAAAAGAAGAAGCAGAUGAAGGAUGAAGUAGAAAAUGUUCAGGAGGGUGUAAAUAAAGAAAAAAGAAAAAAGAAUAAAGUAAAUAAAUCUGAACAAAUCAAAUUGGAGAAUACAAAUAAAGAAGAAGAGGAAAAACUUGUCGAAAAGGAGAUUAGAAAGAAAAACAAGAACUUAAAAAAACUAGAGCAAACUGAGGGAUGUGUUACAGAAAAGAAAAAGAGAAACACUGUAACUACAGAUGUUACGGAAACAAAAAGCAACAGGAAAGCUAAAGUAGAGGAAAAUGGAGUGGCGUUAGAAACACCGGAGGUUGAAGUUGAGGAGGUAAAAUUGAAAAAGAAGACGAAAGAGGUGAAGAACGAAGCAGCCGAGAUGAAAAGCAAGAAGAAAAAAGACAAAAGUCACAGGAAGAAAAGAGACAAAUUUAUAGACGAAGAAAUGAUCGCAGAAGACGAGGAAGCAGAGGCGAAGACAAAAAGCAAAAAGAAAACGUGUAGUGUGCAAGAAGAGGAGAAGAAGAAGAAGAAAAAAGCUAAGCAUCGGGAGCAUGAUGUUGAGGAGGACGUGCAGAGCCGUGAAAAUAACGUGACAAACGCCGCUGACGCACACAGAAAGAAAAACAAAAGGACAAAAGUUAAAGUGGAGCAGGAGAUCAAUGAUGCGUCGGAGGCCGGUGUGAGAAAAAAGAAAAAGGUGAAAGAACAGAAAGACUCAGAGAUGGUUCCUCCGGUGGACGUCGUUUUCAUGUCUGAGACGAGUGGAAACACCGACGAGGUCGACAUUAAUCAGGAGAGAAGAAAAGCUCUACAAAUGGAGGUCGACGAGGCUUCUCAGCCCCAAAAACCAACGGGUUUAGGCCAGUGGAGUACUGCUCAGUUUGACAGCUCCAAACAGCAGCAGAAGUUCCUGCGGCUGAUGGGGGGCUUCAAAAAGGGCUUCCAGCCAGCUGUGGCCACAGCUGGAGGAAGCAACAUGGCACUGGGGAAGGGUGCACAGCAGCAGCUGCAGCAAGGGCUUCUGGGAGAGUUUGAGCGAGCCCACUCACGACGAAUGGACUUCAGUAACAGAGGAGCAGGGCUCGGGUUUACUGGCCCGUCUAACAAGAAGUUCUCCAUCGACAUCAACGCCAGUCGAUCAGUUCGCUUCGACGACUAAUGAGGUGGAUAUUUG